CCUUGAGCCUCUACUUUGUCCCGUUUUCGGAGUAACCCUCCCAAGAGCAACCAUGGAUGUUGAUCCUCGUCGAUACGAAAACAUUGAAAGAAACAUUACUCUCACAAUUCAUGACAACACUGCAUUUUCUUCAAUUUCAAACUUUUCUCUUACUAGUUCUUCCACUAUUUUAAGUUUCGCAGUCGCAGGUUUUCGUUUUAGCGCUAUAAAUGAAAAUGAUGUUCGUGACAUCAUUUUGUCAUAUCUCAUACAUAAUUGCUUCAAAGAGUCAGCAGAGUCCUUCAUUGCUUGCACUGGGAUGCAGCAGCCUGCAGAUUAUUUGGAGAAUAUGGAAAAAAGAAGAAGAAUUGUUCACUCUGUGCUGGAGGGAAAUGCACAUAAGGCUAUUGAGCUCACUGAACAGCUGGCACAGGAUAUUCUAGAGAACAACAAGGAUUUGCUGUUUGAUCUUCUAAGCCUUCGUUUUGUAGAGCUUGUCUGCUCUAGGAAAUGCACAAAAGCUUUGGAGUUUGCUCAGACCAAGUUAAGUCCUUUUGGAAAGGAGCAAAAGUACAGGGAAAAACUUGAAGAUUUUAUGGCCCUUCUUGCAUAUAAUGAUCCAGUGAAAUCACCAAUGUUUCAUCUGCUUAGCUUAGAAUAUCGGCAACAGGUUGCAGAUUGUUUGAAUCGAACUAUUCUUGCAUACUUUAACCUUCCCAGCGACACCGCCAUGGAGAAACUUAUACAGCAGGUCACAGUAGUUAGACAAUGCUUAAGCCAGGGCCUUGGCCAGGAUGGGCCAUUUUCCUUGAAGGAUUUUCUUAAAAGUCGAUGAACGAGUAGUUAAAUAUCCACUGGGAAAUUGUGGGAAUGAAGCACGUUUCCCUUGUGCCUUUGUUAUCACUCGAGGGAUUGGUAUAUCGUUGGAUCAUUGAUGUAAAGUUCUCUGACUAUUGAUGUGAAAAAAAUUUUGGAGCAAGCUUUCUAGAUCUUAUUGGUCAUAACUGCAAUUUUGUGAGGUAUCAGAGUUACAUGAAAAUGGAGAAAAUUGCAUCUGGUUCUGGAUUGAGAUUGUAGCUUGUCUGGAGAAGUUGAUCUAACUUGUGGCCUUGUGAUGUCACCCUCUCAUAAUUUUCUAUAUUUUAGAUUGUAUUCAAUCCAUUGUGAGGUUUUGCCCACUCUUUUUCUAACAUGAAAGUUUAUAACGAGUGCCUUAGGUCAACAAAUUGAUAAACAGAAAAAAUUUACUGAAAAUUGCGAUACGGCGUGCUGGUAACACUUUUUUGUAAGUUUUUGUUUUUUUUUUAAUUCUAUAACCUAAGCUCAUUCUCUUGAAAGAUUUUGACACUUUAUUGACGUUGUUGUUUUAUGUCAUUACAUUUGAUGAUUUGUGAAAUAAUUUGUUAGUUCAUGUUUCUCAUAUAUGUGUGAUGUGACUUAUAAAUUUUGAAUGACGGAUCAAAGUAUUG